AAAAGAAGUGCCAUGCAGCAACAUAGCCUAUAUGGUAGCAAAUAAUACAAGAAUGAAAGAGUAAAAGACAUCUGAAUACUGAUUCUUUAAGCUUCUAUUUUAUGUAAGUUUGUAUUUACCUGUUGACUGGGGUGCUCAGGGCUUUCUGCUUUUGUUUUCUUUAAAGCAUUAAGGGCAUUUAGGAAAAAAAAUGUAAAAACUAUCUUAGUGGAUAAUAUUACACAAAGUGUUUAAAUCCUCAUGCUUUAAACUCUAAGCAGUUAAGAAGAAUAUUUGCCAGUGUAUAUGUUGCUAGUGUAGUAUAGGACCUAUAGCAAAAUACAAUUUAGCUAUUUUGGACUUUGGUUUAAAGUUUCUAGUGUUGGUUCAAGAUGCGGUUCUACGCUGAUACUAUUCUACUCUUUCCCAGCUCUUGGCUAUUCUGGGAAAGAAAUGCUCUCUAUUUUUUUUACCCUAUAUUCUGGCUUCUCUGAGAGUCUUUACAAUUUUGCCCAUCUUUCUCCCUGCUUUUAGUUGUCUUUUUUUUUUUUUUUUUUUUUUCCCCUAACCUCUCCAUAGAAGGCCUUACUGAGUAGGAGUUCAGGGCCAGCUUUUCUAUGCAACAGAAUGAAGUGGAUGCAAUCCUGGUUACUUUCAGUGCUGCCAGUCAGAAACUUAGGAGAGGGGAGGUUGGAAGAUUUUGUCAACUCUAAUUACAUUUUUUUACUUGAGGAAAUCAAGAGAAGAGCUAUUAGUCCGCUUUCCAAAUGAGCGUUUUUACAAACAAAAGGGUUGGCGUGGUGAUCAGGAAGGAUUCUUCGAAGUGACUACGUAAUUCAUAGAUAGGUAAACAGAACUAGGCUCCUCAGCUGUGUGGGUUGGGUUUGUUGAGGGGGGUUUUUUUGUUUAUUUGUUUUUUGAAUUUGUACAUUCCAUUUUUAAAUGAGUGCUUAAAGUCAACUUAAAUUCAAUGAAAGUUAGCAGUGGACAGGUAGAUUUGUUAAACAGUAACGGUGUGUGUUUAUUUUGGUUAAUCAAGCUGUAUCGUCUGAAAUUUGUUUCCUUGUAAGGGGAAAUACAGAAUUUAAACAAAGAAUGUUAAUAAUGCAUAGGGAUAAUAACUGCCAAGGGACAGACUUGGCAACUUUACAAAAAAGAAAUAUAUGCAUUUUCUCAUUGCCUACUUGGAAUUCAUUCCUUUAUUCAUGAUCUGGUUGUAACAGACAAUUGGGAAUUUUGAUGAAAGUGUGUUUUUUAUAGAAUUGUCCAGUUUGUGGUACUACAUGAAGAAUGGACCUGUAAAUGAGAGAUAUAGAAAAACAAAACUUAGAAGAAGAAGCAACAAAAUAUAUAAAAACUUGGGUAUACUUGCUAUUGCAGCAGGAGAGACUGAUGUAAUAUGAGGAAGAGUACUCCCAUCAACCCUGGAAAUUCAAUGAUUUCUCAAUUGGAAGUUACCUUUAGAAAGGCAUAAUUACAGUAGUACCAUACUAUUAAAAGUUGUACCAAGAGCUGGGCUAUAAUAUGACUCCUGUGCCAACCCUCACAAUGGUGUGAAGGUAUAUUAUGGUCUUAAGGAAUAAAUGAAACUGCAAUUGCAGGUAUAUUGCACACAUUUGGAUUUGAAGAGCAAAAUUGACGCUUCUGUUGUUCGCAAUAUUUAAUCAGGAACUGAUUUCCAUGGGCUUGUAACUUGCUUCUAAUAAUUUGAAAGGGGCAUGUAACUUGAUGCGUGGUAUCUCAGCCUCAGAAUAUAGUCCUUUGCUUAAUUCUUCACCUCUAGCAUUUUGGAUUUUCAUUAGGCCAGUGUUAAGAUUUAAGCGUGGAAUUUCCUACACCCUUUAAGUUAAAGUAUUUGUGGUUUGACCUCUUUGCUUAUAAAAUAAAGAUUAAUGUGCCUUUGAAGAACUGUAUUUCCCUUUUUCUAAGUUGUAUAUAUCAAGUUUGGUUCUGUUAAUAUAUAGUAAAUGAAGAAAAAUUAGAAUUGCUGAAGAAGAUUAGGAACACAUUGUAAUAAGCUUUCAAAAACUGAUAGAUCUUUGGGUGAGAGGAGGUCAAUUUCCUUGAUCCUCUUGCCAGAGACAGACUGAUUUGGACUUGGGGUUUUGACUAGUCUUUCAACAGGGAGUAAGUAGUUCAUAGGUUGCUUUUACUGACUGCUAAUAUAUUGAUUUGUAAAUUCAUUAACAGUAUAUGUAUAGUAAAAGAAGAAAACUAUGUUGUAGGAAAAUAAAUGGAAGUUGCUGCCAAAAUGGAAAGAAUAGUGGGUAAAACUAGAACUAAUUCUUUGGUGUUUUUUUCCCAUUUCACAUGCAUCUAAUGAUUGGUUUAGAAGAGUUAGUUUCUAAGCUGAUAAAGUGCAGUGGAAGGUGGUAUAAAGUCUGUAACAGGUUUGUAGAUUUUCAUAGGAACUUUUGCAGUCUGUUGUGGAAUUGACACUAUUUUCCAGUUAUAGCAGACCAGAUUUUGGUGGGUGGCUUAAGAACAGGCUAAGAUGGCGGUUAGGCUUUCUAUUUACUGGAGCGGAUUUUUAUCCUGUCAUGAAAAUACUUGUCUCCUGGGGAGUCUGUCUGACUUCUGGAUUCAGGUGGAACAUGUUUCAGCUGCAGCUUCUCCCUCCCUUCCUUUCCCAAGAAAGCACAACAUGCUAUACAUGCGUUGUGUUUUACAGAAGUCAAAGGUAUCGUGGACUCCUAUGGCUUCACGUUUAUGAUCUUUCCCAGAAUGAGUUGACCAGCCAGUCCGUCUGCCAUUUUCUUUCUCUUCUGUAGCCUCCCAGUGACCUUAUCAGGUGUGUGUAUAACCUUUGGAUUUGUACUGGUCAAAUGGUUUGAAAAAAUGUGCAAGGACCUUGACUUUUGUAUACUUUAGUAGUCUAUAAAAUGGAUUUAUGGAAUGAAAAUCAAAUCUCUCAUCUUUGAUUGCUAUCUUUUGCCUUCUGCCAACUGCAAUGCUGAGAACCAGAUUUUCUGCAGAAUGCAUGGUUUUUCUUAUCUUUAAGGAUUUUUUAGAACUGCUUUCUUUUGAAAUGUCUGUCCUGUGCAGUGGCAAAAGGGUUAUUUUUGUAACUAGAAGGGCUGGAAAUUUACAUAAGGAGGGGAAAAAAACUUAGGUAAACUCAACAAACUCAGAUUUUGUGCUGAGAGUACUUGCUGUGUCCCUGUUACAAACUCUCAGCUGUAAGCAGUUAUAACCAUCGCAUCGGUGGGAUCAGUUUCUUCUCCUUUACCCCUUUUUUUACCUCUCUACAGUUCAAUAUGGCUUAGGUGGUUAGUUUCCCUUCCAAAUCAAUCUGUUGCAGAUAAAAAAAGUAAAAACAAAAGGCGGGGGGGAGAGAAAGAAAAGCUUGCUAGAAAAGUUAUUUCUUUGGAAAUUACAUAGCCUGCCUCUCAAUGUAUUUAGGAAUGUAUCUCUGCCUUUCAGCCACACCAGGCAUAAGGCACCAUCUUCUUUAAAAUUACCGGUGAAGGAGAUUUUGCUCUAAGACAUUGGGUUGUGAAAUGUAGUAGCCGAGGCAUGGGCAUGUAUCCUUCUGUUUCCCCCUUCCAUAAGCAGUGACUUCAAACAGAGAGGAUAGAUGUGUGUCUGGAAACGGUAUCAUCUCAAACCACUGCAGUGAAGUCUCUAAGUGGCCAACUGCCAGGGUGUCUAGUUAGUGUUUAAUAUGGAAUGUCUCCCAAGAAGACCUGAUAAUCUUUGAAAUACCUGUACUUAGGUUUUACAGUUUCAGGUUUAAAGACACCCAGAGAUUGUGUGUUACAAAGCUAUAGCUGUGAUUCAAGCAGUUGUGAUGGUGUUUCAAUAAAUAGCCUGAGUAACAUUUCUGUGCUUCAGUUUAAGUCAGUGGCAGAUUUCUGUCAGGGAUUUCAGCAAGUCAGCCAUUUCUCCAGCAACCUUUGAUCACUUUAAUUUUGCUGUUGUACUCUUGUCCAGCAAAACUAAUUAAGGCUAAAAGUGGCUAAAUUUGCUUUGAAAGCAAAAGGGAUUUUUUUCUUUAAAACUUGAGAAUAAUUAUUAAAUCUUAUUUUAAUUAUCCCCCCCCCAAUAUCUUAAGGUGUGAAUAUUGACACCUAAUACCUAGUAUUUUUUAUUUCCCUGCUUUUGUUUUUAAGUGGCUACGUUUACGUGUUUGGUUUUGGUUUUUUUAUACACUUGACCUACUGUUAAGGAAAUCUGAUCUAAAUUUAAGUUCUAAGUAAACUAAUGACUGAAAAUUAGUAUUCUUUGCUAUUUAAAUGGUUUGGUAGGGAUAGCUUAUAUCCUGUUUAUUUCAGAAAGUAUUUGUGUAUAAAAUCGGAGUGUGUUUUCAUCUCGAGGAGUGACUUCUGCCUGAGACUCUCUAAAUCAUGCAGAUUUUUUCAUUUAGUGCUUUAAAAUAUUGAUUAAAUAUAUUCACUCUGGUUUGCUUUAAUCUAAUUGCAUAUCUAGAAGUUUUCUUCUGAUGUGGUGCAGCCAUGUCUGGUGUAAGCUAGCUUAAUUAGCAGUGCUUAGUGAUUUGGGACCCCUGUUAAAGGCUAUUAUGUUAUCUAGAAACAUAAGGAGUUAAAGCUAAAGCUGUGACCUCAUCUCUAUUCACGUUACACUGGAGUAGAAGCUGCGCUGAAAGGGAUUGUUUAACUGCAUCGCUGUCUUUGCUGCGGCUAGUUGAUUGCUUUAAUUUGGUUCUGAUAUCUGUAGUGUGCUUUUGCUGAACAACUGUUAUGGUAGGGAUUUGUGGGAAUACUGGAGACAUACGAAGUCAUGCUAAUAUCGACUGCAUGUGGAAAUAGCUCCCACAGGAAUACUUAGACUCAAGUACGUCUUUCUACCUGAUUUCAACUUUUUAUUGCUUCCCCUGUGAAAAUUCAAGCAGCAUCAAGGAGAGCUAAAACACACAGGCUUCUUCUGGCCAGUCAUGCACUUACGCAACUGUGCAUGCUAUUUAUUACUUUAUUACUUAGCGCUACGUAUGAAAUGAAGAGCGCAACUGCUGUCGCUUUAAUGUCAGAGCGGCAUACGUUACAAUAGGUGUCACUGUGCGGCUGGGUCCAAUCGUUAUCGGUGACUUCAGCUAUUGGCUCCGAAUGCUGGCUGACUCCAUCUGCAGGGCUGCAAUACCUACUCUGUUCCGAUCCGUUCAACGCACAAGUUCAGCGUGCCGAGCAGCCUAGCAGUGCUACGGUGUGCAUCUUGCCAGCUCCCUUCAGAAAGCCGGUGCUACAGCCACGCGCAUACCCUCUUCGCAGGGUGUAGCGCUUGCAGGCGAUUCCUGAUCAGGAAAUCUGGAAAGAAGUAAAACUGGCAGGAAUGAUGGGGGUGUAUUUAACGAUUCAAGUACUGGAUCAAACUUAAAGCCAGUUUCUUACUCGGUGCACUGGAAAGGUCACCUUGUCUUGCUGGAAAAGAAGCAAACUCUCAGCUCUGCUGCUCUCUGCUUAACAGCUUCCACGUGCAUUUCUUAAUGUUUCUAGCUAGUUAGGCUAUCUAGCUUUACAGACAAGUAUACUCAUGGUAGAUGAGAAAGGAAAGAACAUGAAAUGUCUCACCUUCUUCUUGAUGCUUCCAGAGACGGUUAAGAACAGGUCCAAGAAGAGCUCUAAGAAGGGAAAUAGCAGCAGCAGUAGCAGCAGCAAAUUGCCUCCAGUUUGCUAUGAAAUCAUUACCUUGAAGACCAAAAAGAAGAAGAAGAUGGCUGCUGAUAUUUUUCCCCGAAAGAAACCAGCCAACACUAAUACAACUGCUGUCCAGCAGUACCACCAGCAAAAUCUCAAUAACAACAACACUAUUCCUGCACCUAAUUGGCAAGGACUUUAUCCAACCAUCAGAGAGAGAAAUGCAGUGAUGUUCAACAAUGACUUGAUGGCAGAUGUUCAUUUUGUGGUCGGGCCACCAGGUGGGACCCAGCGGCUGCCAGGACACAAAUAUGUCCUGGCUGUUGGGAGCUCUGUAUUCCAUGCGAUGUUUUACGGAGAGCUUGCUGAGGACAAAGAUGAAAUCCGUAUACCAGAUGUUGAGCCUGCUGCUUUUCUCGCAAUGCUGAAAUACAUAUAUUGUGAUGAAAUUGAUUUGGCUGCAGAUACCGUGCUGGCCACUCUUUAUGCUGCCAAGAAGUAUAUCGUCCCUCAUCUUGCCCGCGCCUGCGUCAACUUUCUAGAGACAAGUCUAAGUGCAAAGAAUGCCUGUGUGCUGCUUUCCCAGAGCUGCUUAUUCGAGGAACCUGACUUGACCCAGCGCUGUUGGGAAGUGAUUGAUGCCCAAGCUGAGCUAGCUUUGAAGUCUGAGGGGUUCUGUGACAUUGAUUUUCAGACACUUGAAAGCAUUCUCCGAAGGGAGACUCUGAAUGCCAAAGAAAUUGUUGUUUUCGAAGCAGCUCUGAACUGGGCUGAAGUGGAGUGUCAGCGACAAGAGCUAACGGCUACCAUAGAGAACAAGCGCAAAGUCCUCGGGAAGGCUCUAUACUUGAUACGCAUCCCUACCAUGGCCCUCGAUGACUUCGCAAAUGGCGCUGCUCAGUCUGGGAUUCUGACUCUCAACGAAACCAAUGAUAUCUUCCUCUGGUAUACGGCUGCCAAAAAGCCAGAGUUACAGUUUGUAAGCAAGCCCCGUAAAGGCCUUGUUCCUCAGCGAUGCCACCGUUUCCAGUCCUGCGCUUACCGCAGCAACCAGUGGCGCUACAGGGGCCGCUGUGACAGCAUCCAGUUUGCUGUUGAUAAGAGAGUGUUUAUUGCUGGCUUUGGGCUCUACGGCUCCAGCUGUGGAUCAGCAGAGUACAGUGCCAAGAUUGAACUCAAACGACAAGGAGUUAUCCUAGGUCAGAACUUGAGUAAAUACUUUUCAGAUGGUUCUAGUAACACUUUUCCUGUGUGGUUUGAAUAUCCAGUGCAGAUUGAGCCUGACACCUUUUACACAGCUAGCGUGAUUCUGGAUGGUAAUGAACUCAGCUAUUUCGGACAAGAAGGAAUGACAGAAGUUCAGUGUGGGAAGGUGACUGUUCAGUUUCAGUGCUCUUCGGACAGUACAAAUGGCACUGGGGUACAGGGAGGGCAAAUUCCCGAACUCAUAUUUUAUGCUUGAAUGAAAGUGUGUGGAGACGAAGCAUUUUACUAUGAAGAACCUGUCUGGUUCAGGCCUACUGACACUUAGCUUUUUAUCUGCAAAUAUAUGAUCAGUACAGGUAAUAUGUAACUAAACGCUGUGGGCAAGUUACUGGCUUGCUAUACUUGUAGCAUCGUUGGUGAUAAAGUUUAAGUGUAAUAUUUAAACUGGAAGCUCUUAGGAACAAGCAAGUUUUAAAGGCUUUAUAAGAGGGUUGCCUGUUUGCUGGUGAUGCUAACCCUUUCUUUGAUGCACCUGUGAAUCACCAGAGGAUGUCCCCCUCUUGUAUCUCACUAAACACUGUCUUCAUUGAUCCAUUUUCUCUUUCUCCAUUUCCUGCUUUCUGCUUGUAAUUUCUGGGGGAGGUGGGGGUAGAAAAUGAAGAGCCUUGUUUUAUAGCGCUCUCUUCUAUCUGCUCUUCAGACUUAAGAGCUUCCAAUAAACUGAGCUGCUUUUGAUCAUGGGAGCCAAAAGAAGUGCUUCAGUUGUAAGGAGAAAAAGCAGAGGUUUAAACCUUCAUCCUGUGACACUCUCCUGCAGCCAACUGUUCAGGAUGGCUACAGGAAGAUGGAGAGAAGCAAGCAGCUUUCAGAAAGCUACACAGCAUGCUGACCAUGUCCACGGUACAUGGACAUGUUUACAGUGAGGGGGGGAUGCAGGCUUGGCAAGUUACCCUCAGAGUACAUUUUCUAGGAAUCCCACCUUGAAGGCAAGGAAGUACUUGCACAUGUUCAGAUUGUACAUGCAGCUCUUGAAACUCUACUCCCGUGACCUAGUUUUUGCUACAUUGAAGUUGAUUUGCUAUUUAAAUGGUUUUUCUUUGAACCCUUGCUAAAUAAAUGGGAAUUAAUAUCUAUCAUCCGAUGCAGGAUAAUUUUUUGUUUGGUUUGGGUGGGGUUUUUUUCUUCCUCCUAAACAUGGUAGAGGCAGAUUAUAGAGGAACAAAAGAACGUACCAAUCCUGACUUGGACUUUUUCCUGUAAUAUGAGAUUUCUUAUUUUUAUUACCAUACAUUAUCAGUGAAAAUUUAGACAAAGACAGAAGAUUCCCAGCUGUGGUCAUAUUACACUUAGUGUAUAUUAUCAGAUAACAGUGAGGAGGAGGAAAUCUCUAAUGUGUUAAUGUUGGAUCUCUGGCAACUGCUUAUGGUUACACAUCAAUCAGAGGAUUAUGUGGUACAGAACCUUUUCCUUGUCUGAAUUUUUUUUUUUUUCCCAAACUUCCUGUUAUAUGUCUGUAUUGUUUUUUGGAAAAGUAUUAGGGAUCAUGACUCCAUUUAUCAGGGAAGGAAAUGAGUAUAAAUAAGAAAUACAGGUACUGUUUAAACACAAGAAAAUCCUUCACCAUUGCAUUGGGACAGUUGCUUCUCAGAGGCACACUACCUAUUGUAAAGCAUCUCAUUUCACCUUUGAAGUGGGUUCUGUUUGUUGCGUAUGUUCUAACAAAAUGAGAGGACCAAAUGAUUCUUUAGACAGAGUGAAGAUUAAUGUUACAGUAUAUCAACACGUUAAUGUAGCGUAAUCCUAAAUUCACUUGUCAGUUUUGUAAUAAAAAUGUUUUUCUUGUAUGAUUUCUUACCGGUUUAAUACUGUUACUCUAAGUGUUUUUUGACGGUUGGAAUCCUGGCCCCUGGCCAUCGUAAAGUGCCAGUACAUCUUUGCAGUGUCCAAAAUACCAUCUGAAGUAAGGAUGACUGGAGUGUAGAUGUCAAACACUUUAUGGCCAAAGCCCAGAUGUACUCUCUAGGUAAUAAAAGGAGAGCCAGGUAAAAAACUGCCCUGCAACAUCUAUGCUUUUCACCCAUCUUAGUGUUUAAUGUUUUUUAUACAUACAUACAUAUAUACGUGUGUGUUUACAUUUCAGAAAGAAUGUUGCUUAUAAAUACCCUCAAAAUAUAGAGAAAAAUGUUUUGGUUUUUUGUAACAGCUGUACAUAAUCCAGACUGUUAGUGAAAUCUAAACAGAAUGCUCCAUGGAAAACUCCCAGAGAGAGAUUUUAAAAACCUCCAGUUAAUUACAUUUAGAUCUGCAGCCUAAAAUAGACAGGAGUAUGAAUUGUAUGGACUGGAGGAAGAGUUGCUGAAGAGACUGCAAAAAGGAAUCUUAAGAUUGUGAUGAGGUAAUGGUCAUCUACUUUUAGACAACAUCUGAGCAGCAGUUCCAUUUAUUUAAAUACAUUUGAAAGCAGAGAAAGAUGCUAAUCAGCUGAUUAAGUUUUCUUACAGCAAGCGGUUGAUGUACAUGUAAUUACUCUGAGUGAUGAUCAGAUUGACAAGUUGCUUGCAGUAGCAAGCUACAUUCUGAGUUUGGAAAAAAAACAGGUGCCUCAGCUGAUGGGACAAAUCAGAGUACUGCAUUGGUAUAACUAGACUUGGGUUCUCACUUCUAAUUUAUUUUUUGGUUUUUACUUAUCUGCAAAUAAAGGUGAAGUAUCUACUACGUUCACUGGCUGGAACAGAAGUUAAGAGAUCAGAAUACUGUGUAACUGUAAUAUGUAGAAAAUGAGCUGUUAUUUAAUUAUUAUUUUAUUUGCUACUUUUAUGAAAUCUUUUUGAUGAAGUAGGAUGAAAGCAACCUCUAGCUUAAUUCCUCUGAGUCCAUUCCGAGUUUUAGGAGCUGGUGCAUGUAAAGUUUUUCAGUAUGGAUGAAUAAACAUAAGCACCCCAAAAUACCUUUUGAUGCUUACAGCACAACUUGUUAGCAUCAAGCAGUGCUCAGAAUCAAGUACUGGUAUAUAAGAAGGUCUCUAGUAUCAGUCACCUUAGGACAUCAGGGCACUUAAAUACGUGUCUAAAUGUGGAUUUGGUUGGUUUAGCAGUAGCAUCCAAGCUUGAAUACAUUGAUUGACAUUUUGCAAGCAUCAGCCGUAUCAACCUGGAAUGUAAGCAUAAUGUCGAUAGAGAUCCUUUUGUAGAUUCUGUCUUAAACUGUACCUGGCCAUCUUUGCUACUUGUAUGUUUGAUUUUCCUGGUGAGGGGAAUCUGUGAUAAGAGAGUAUGAUGUAAUAUACUUUCUGCAUAUCUGAAAUAGUAUUUAAGUAAACAUUUUAAUUUCUACAUAGUUAUUGCACUGAACUGUUUUGGGAUUUUUUUUUUUUUUAUUUGUUGUGAUAAACUCAGCUAACUUCAGGUCCCAGCACCCAUUUGUGGUGGAGCAGUGUUUGAACUUAGCAGGCUUACAGCAUUAUUUAUAAAGGACAGAUAUAUAUAAAUAUGAAGUACCUCAUGUUGAAUGUUAUUGUACUGUAUCUUUAAUGUCACAGUGCAGAUCUUGUUGGACUCAUGAAUGUGUAUAUUCACGUUAAACAAAAAUAAAAAUGGUUCUUAAA